CAGGCGCCCGACUCGCGCCGCAGGUGGCAACUUGGAGGGGCCGCGGCCACCGCUGCGGGAGAAGCCAGGAUCUGGCGGCCCCUUCUAGCCUCCGGGAGCCCUUUCCCGCCGCCAAGACCAAGACUGGACCCAGGAGAAUCCGAAGGAAAAAGCCGCUGUGCAGGGACUUGUAAGCAGCGCUACCUCUCUCUGCCCGUGCGCUACUUUUUUUCCCCCUCCAAGGAAGGUUGUGUCUGGGGGCUGGGAAUAGGCUCCGAGAAGAGAGGGAGAGGAAGGCUUCUGAGACCCAGACUCUGAAGCCAUCCUCUGCUAAGCUGGUCUUAUAACAUCCCUUGAGAAGCUGCUCAGCACCUCCAGGCAGAUGGCAUUGAGAGAAAUCCCUGGGGAUCAUCUUUGUGCUCGCGGUUAAGCCCGAACAAUCCACCAUGACGACCGAAUCGGGAUCAGACUCUGAAUCCAAGGCAGACCAGGAGACUGAGCCCCAGGAGGCAGCGGGUGCACAGGGGCAAGCGGGGGCUCAGCCCGGGCCUCCGGAGCCCCCGAGCGGGAGCGGGAGCGGCAGCCUUGAGGAGCCUCCGGCGCUGGAGCAGUUUGAGGCUGCGGCGGCGCACAGCACCCCGGUGCGGAGGGAGGUCACUGACAAGGAACAGGAGUUUGCUGCCGCAGCUGCAAAACAGCUUGAGUAUCAGCAAUUUGAAGAAGAUAAACUUUCUCAGAAGUCAUAUAGCAGUAAACUCUCUCGGUCUCCAUUAAAGAUUGUCAAAAAACCUAAAAGCAUGCAGUGCAAAGUGAUACUUCUAGACGGGUCAGAAUAUUCCUGUGAUGUGGAGAAACGCUCCAGAGGGCAAGUGCUGUUUGACAAAGUGUGUGAACACCUGAACCUGCUAGAAAAGGACUACUUUGGCCUCACGUAUCGAGAUGCUGAAAAUCAGAAGAAUUGGUUGGACCCUGCUAAGGAAAUUAAAAAACAGAUUCGAAGUGGUGCUUGGCAGUUUUCAUUUAAUGUGAAAUUUUACCCACCAGACCCUGCUCAGCUAUCUGAAGAUAUCACCAGGUACUACCUCUGCCUACAGUUGCGCGAUGACAUCGUAUCAGGAAGGCUGCCCUGCUCCUUUGUGACCCUCGCCCUGCUGGGCUCCUACACAGUCCAGUCAGAACUUGGAGACUAUGACCCCGAUGAAUGUGGGAAUGAUUACAUUAGUGAGUUCCGCUUUGCACCAAACCACACUAAAGAACUUGAAGAUAAAGUGAUCGAGCUGCACAAGAGCCACAGAGGAAUGACGCCAGCAGAAGCCGAGAUGCAUUUCUUGGAAAAUGCCAAAAAACUAUCUAUGUAUGGAGUAGAUUUGCAUCAUGCCAAGGAUUCAGAAGGAGUAGAAAUUAUGUUAGGAGUUUGUGCGAGUGGUCUGUUGAUAUAUCGUGACCGGUUGCGAAUAAACAGAUUUGCCUGGCCCAAGGUUCUAAAAAUUUCAUAUAAACGAAACAACUUUUACAUUAAGAUUCGGCCAGGAGAGUUUGAACAAUUUGAAAGCACCAUUGGGUUUAAGCUGCCAAACCAUCGGGCUGCCAAGCGUUUGUGGAAAGUAUGUGUUGAACACCAUACAUUUUUCAGACUGUUGUUACCAGAAGCACCUCCAAAGAAAUUCCUAACCUUGGGUUCCAAGUUCCGGUACAGUGGCAGGACGCAAGCCCAGACAAGAAGAGCCAGUGCAUUGAUAGAUCGCCCCGCGCCUUACUUUGAACGUUCAUCCAGCAAACGUUACACCAUGUCUCGCAGCUUGGAUGGAGCGUCAGUGAAUGAAAACCAUGAAAUAUACAUGAAGGAUUCUAUGUCUGCUGCAGAGGUUGGUACUGGCCAGUACGCCACAACAAAGGGCAUCUCUCAGACCAACUUGAUCACCACUGUGACUCCGGAGAAAAAGGCCGAGGAGGAGCGCGACGAGGAAGACGAGAGACGGAAAAAGGCUGAGGAAGCCACGCCGGUCUCAGCCAUCCGGCACGAGGGAAAGUCACCUGAGCUUGGCACUGACUCAUGUCCCUUGUCACCUCCAUCAGCCCAUUCUGACCCCACAUCCCCCACUGAGCUCCGUAGGAGGUGUAAGGAGAAUGAAUGCAGAGCUCCGGGUUCCUCCCCGCCCAGAGCCGAGCAUUUGCAGGGAGAGCUGGCCCUGGACUCUGACAGCCAAGGGAAAGCUUACGUAGGGGAUCAGGACGUGGCAUUUAGCUACAGACAGCAAACUAGCAAAGGAGCCACUUUGUUUUCCUUCUCCUUACAGCUCCCUGAGUCCUUCCCCUCCCUCCUAGAUGAUGAUGGGUACCUCUCUUUCCCCAACCUGUCUGAAACCAACUUCCUGCCCCAGAGCCUGCAGCAUUAUCUCCCGAUCCGCUCACCCUCCCUCGUGCCCUGUUUCCUCUUCAUCUUUUUCUUUCUGCUCUCCGCCUCCUUCUCAGUGCCAUAUGCCCUCACUCUCUCUUUCCCUCUGGCUCUGUGCCUCUGCUACCUGGAGCCCAAGGCGGCCUCCUUGAGCGCCUCCCUAGACAAUGACCCGAGUGACAGUUCAGAGGAAGAGACUGACAGUGAGCGAACGGACACCGCCGCGGAUGGAGAAACCACCGCCACCGAGAAUAGUCUGAUUAAGCGAAUAAAGGGUGAAAAUGUGUAUGUCAAACAUAGUAAUCUUAUGUUAGAGGAGCUAGAUAAAACUCAAGAUGAACUGAUGAAACAUCAGACCAACAUUAGCGAGCUGAAAAGAACCUUCUUAGAAACCUCAACAGACACUGCCGUAACGAAUGAGUGGGAAAAGAGGCUUUCUACCUCCCCAGUGCGACUGGCUGCCAGGCAGGAGGAUGCACCCAUGAUCGAGCCACUGGUACCCGAAGAGACCAAAGAAGAAAGAGAGAUUUCUGAAAAAGUUAUAUUUUUGCAGCAAGGAAGUGCUCCAUUCCUUGAGUCUCAGACUAAGCAGACUUCUGGUGAAAAGCUCAUGGAUGGCUCUGAAAUCUUCAGUUUAUUAGAGUCUGCGCGAAAACCAACAGAAUUCAUAGGAGGGGUUACUUCUACUUCUCAAAGCUGGGUGCAGAAAGUGGAAACCAAGAUCGAGUCCAGUGAAACAGAGACAGAAACCACCCCACACCCCCAGCCACUCAGCACUGAGAAGGUGGUGCAGGAAACUGUGUUGGUGGAGGAGAGGCGUGUGAUGAACGUGCACGCGAGUGGGGAUGCUUCUUACACAGCUGGGGAAGAUGCAGAUGCUCCAGCGCAGCCCAUACCUACUGAAGCAGUCAGUGUGAAAGAGAAGGAAGGCUCUGCUGUGACGGAGGGGUCCAAAGAGGAAAGACAGGAAGAGUCUGCUAAGGCUGGAUCUGAGCAAGAAGAAACAGCCCGUGCUUCCCAGGAGCAAGAAGAGGAGCAGGGUGCAGCCACCCAGGUUUCUGAAACUUCAGAACAAAAACCUCAUUUUGAGUCAUCAACUGUGAAGAUGGAAACCAUCAGUUAUGGCAGUGUUCCCACAGGAGGAGUAAAGCUAGAAGUUUCUACCAAGGAAGUGCCAGUAGUUCACACAGAAACAAAAACCAUCACAUAUGAAUCAUCACAGGUGGAUCCUGGGGCUGAUCUGGAGCCAGGUGUGCUGAUGAGCGCACAGACAAUCACAUCGGAAACCACCAGUACCACCACCACCACGCACAUCACCAAAACUGUGAAAGGAGGCAUUUCAGAGACGAGAAUUGAGAAGCGAAUAGUCAUCACAGGAGAUGCGGACAUUGACCAUGACCAGGCUCUGGCUCAGGCAAUUAAAGAGGCCAAAGAGCAGCACCCUGACAUGUCAGUGACCAAAGUAGUGGUCCAUAAAGAGACAGAGAUCACACCAGAAGAUGGAGAGGAUUGACCAGAGGAAUAAUUUAGCUUGCACAUGAAUCCAGUCAUGCAAACCAUUAGGAAAACCAGAGCCUAUAUGGAGUUCCCUCUUCUAACCCAACUGACUUGUAUCUGUCCGUGGAAAAUUCCAAUCCAGAAGAAUUGACCUUGACUAUUAAUAAAGACACUGGCAGAGAGAUCUUCCCAUAAUAAAGCAAUCCGAAUCAGCAUCACUAAACUGAUAUUGCAUGAAGCAACGAUAAAAUUACAAAAGAGCAGCAUUUUUAAUUUUCACAAAAUCAUCUCAGUUUCCAGCUCUACCUGCACGUUCCAUAACCAACAAUAUAAACCGUGAUCUCAUGUAACACACACACAAAAAAACAACCCAUACCUUUCAUAGUUUAUUAUUAUUAAAGUCUCAACAAAACUGCAAUUUCCUAGGUGACAAAUCUUUUGUUUACAGAUAAAUGAAGAUUACCCUAAAAUGCUAGAAGCUGUCUAGGUCCAGUGUGUCGGACUGAUCUCAGAUUAGAUGUGCCAAUAACCGAGUUUAUUCAGUAAACAACUUGAAUCUUGUACUUGUUUCAUCUGUUCUUAUUAUUAUCAUCCAUACACAGUAAUGACUCUCUGACCCUCUGGAAAUAUUUAAUGCUUACAAUCUUGCUUUGUGUAUCUCACUUAAUUUGUUAAAAGGUAGUACUGAUUUUAGCAUAUCAUUCAUGUGAUUUCUUUCUUGUUGUUAAUAUUGUUCACUUCGGUCUGCAUUUGAUCUGGAAAGCUCCCCAGAGUUCUCCAGCAAGACCCAAAUAUGUAAAUUGUCAUUGUUUGGGGGAAGAAAACCUGUGUUUUUGUUAGUUUACAAUAUUAUGAAAUUUCACUCCAGGACAACCUGUUGGACUUCUAUUGCUUUGUGUUUUUUCUUUGUUUCUUUUUUUCCUUGUAUUUUUCCAUUGAUUUUUUUUUUCUUUGACGUGAAGUGUUUUGUUUCCAAAUCUGGUCCAUAUUUACAAUCUAGUUCAGAGCCAAGCCUUAAACUGUACAGAAUUUCCACUGUAAUUAAAAUUAUUGAGUGUUUAGUUAUAAAUAGCCUUCAAAAAGAUAUAUUCUCCACCACACUGUCCACGCAUCACAGUCCAUGGUGAAUGGUGUUUCUGCAUAGUGAAAUAAAAAUGGCAAACGCA